CUCGUUCAGUCACUGCACUAUCCCCACCAAUCCCCACACGUGAUCAUCUUGCUGGUACAGCUCACCACCUAAGGAUAUCCAAAGCAACUUCCUUUCCGCCGGCACAGUGAAUCUCCACAUUUUGCACCUCUACAGAACAGCAGUAAGCAAGCCUGCCCUGCAGGAGAAGCCUCGUCACAUCGUCAAAUUCAGCAAAGCAGCAAAGACAGCAGAGACAGCAGAGACAGCUGAGAGAACAUGAGCUCUACCACUUUCAACGACAAGCCAUUCAUCGUGCGGAGCCCGGACGUGACCUACACCGAUGACGAGAUGGUGUCCAAGUACAUUUACCAGACUACUCUCGUGGAGGGAAACGUUGUCACCCCCAAGAGCGAGACGCUCUACUUCAAGACGCAGACCAAGGUGCCCAAGGUGGGCGUGAUGCUCGUGGGGCUCGGCGGCAACAACGGCAGCACUGUCGCCGCGGGAAUCCUGGCCAAUAAGCACGGCCUGACUUGGAACACGAAGGCGAGCUACGAGGGCGAGAAGACGGCCAACUACUGGGGGUCUCUGUGCAUGGCCUCCACCGUUCGCCUCGGCAACGACUCCAACGGCAACGCCGUCAACGUUCCUCUGCGGAACCUCCUGCCCACCGCUCACCCCAACGACUUCGUGCUCGGGGGUUGGGACAUCUGCAGCGACAACCUGGCCGAUGCGAUGGUCAAGGCCUCCGUUCUGGACUACGACCUGCAGCAGAAGCUGAAACCGAUGAUGGUGGACAUGAAGCCGCUGCCGUCCAUCUACUUCCCCGACUUCAUCGCGGCUAACCAGUCAGAGCGCGCCGACAACGUCCUGACUGGCACCAAGCAGGAGCAGAUGGAUCAGAUCCGCAAGGACAUCCGCGACUUCAAGAAGAAGAACAACCUUGACAAGGUGGUGGUGCUGUGGACCGCCAACACGGAGAGAUUCUCGGCGCUGGAGCCGGGCAUCAACGACACCAAGGAGAACAUUCUCGCCUCCAUCACCCGCGGCGAGGAGGAGGUAUCCCCUUCCACCAUUUUCGCGUGCGCUUCCAUCCUGGAGGGAUGCUCUUACAUCAACGGUUCGCCGCAGAACACGUUCGUUCCUGGUGUGAUCGAGCUGGCGGAAGAGCACAAGGUGUACAUCGGCGGAGACGACUUCAAGUCUGGACAGACCAAGAUGAAGUCGGUCAUGGUCGAUUUCCUGGUGAGCGCCGGGAUCAAGCCGACGUCGAUCGUGUCGUACAACCACCUCGGGAACAACGACGGCAGGAACCUCUCGGCGCCACAACAGUUCCGCUCGAAGGAGAUCAGCAAGUCCAACGUCGUGGACGACAUGGUGGACUCGAACAAGAUGCUCUACAAGGAGGGCGAGCACCCUGACCACGUCGUGGUGAUCAAGUACGUGCCGUACGUGGGCGACUCUAAGCGUGCGCUGGACGAGUACACGUCCGAGAUCUUCAUGGGGGGCAAGAACACCAUCUCCAUGCACAACACGUGCGAGGACUCGCUGCUGGCAAGCCCCCUCAUCUUUGAUCUCGUCAUCAUGGCGGAGCUUUGCGAGCGGAUUCAGGUUAAGAAGGAGGGCGGCAAGUGGGAGGGCUUCCACUCCGUGCUGAGCCUCCUGUCGUACAUGCUCAAGGCUCCUCUCGUGCCCCCCGGCACCCCGGUGGUGAACGCUCUCUUCGCCCAGCGUCAGGCAAUUAUCAACGUGAUGCGGGCGUGCGCCGGUCUUGCUCCGGAGAACCAUAUGCUCCUUGAGCACCGCCUCAAAUCGGAGAUCGACGCUCUUGCGGCGGGGCCGGACCUCUCCGUGGAAGCGCCGGCGGCGAAGAGGGUCAAGGCGUAGCGCGGGGAGCAGGGUAGGCAGUAGGCAACCCCUUUUUGAUUAAUUGUCUUGGGGGGGGCUGGGUGUACAGCCGGCCGGGAGGCUUACCUCUGAGGGACCAUAUCGCAUCAUGACUCAGCUAUCUGCGUGCCCCUGGUUGAGAGGUGGAUCCCCUCCUCAACCAGACCUUUCUCUCAAUUUAGGCAACAUACCAUUUCUAUACAAUCGUGGAGGCAGGGCAUCCAGCGACCGAAUCCCUUUCUUUGUUACCCUAAGACCCAUCUGCUUCCAACAGCUGGGGCCCUUUCAUACAAGCGGCGUUCUGUUGUUGGUGCGGAGCGAUGCGGGCCGGCAAGGUGCUGAGGUCGCGAACGAGAGCCUGACAUUUUUUCGCCGUUUGAAUGGCAACGUGGUAUCAUAUGCACGGAUAAAGAAGAAAAGCAAGCAUUUGCUAUUUUUUGCUCGUGGUGUCGUGAGAAGAAGCAUUAGCAUUUGCUCGUAUGGGUUGUUUCAUUUUUGCGGGGGGUUUUUUGCGUUGUAGCGCACCCAUGCGUGCACGCAACCAGAUAUGUGGCGCGACGGCUGUCGGGAAAUAGGCAUGGUGUGGCCUCUGCCCAGGCCAUCUCGAUACUGCCGCCGCGGCGAGCAAAACGACGAAGUGUCGUGCUUUUUCCCCCAUUUCGUUUUCUUUUGUUUUUUGGCAGACGCAGUUGGUUUGCGUGUCUACUCUUUAUUUUAUUCCCGCUCUCGCCUUUUCUCACCUUUGGCAAGGUGUAGUUUUGCGCAGCAGGUGUAAGCGGUAUGAUAGCCGUGCAUGAUGUGUGUUCCGUAGGCGUGCUGCAAGAUAUACUCUAGCACGUGGCUGUGUGUGUGAUAUCUUGCCUUUUCUCGCCUUCGGCAAGGUGUAGUAUUGCGCAGCAGGUGUAAGCGGUGUGAUAGCCGUGCAUGAUGCGUGUUCCGUAGGCGUGCUACUAGAUAUACUCAGCCGUGUGUCCGCGUGCGCGGGUGAAGGGGCAGAGAGUUUUGGUAGGCGAGGUAGCGUGUUUGUGGGAAGUACCUGCUGUUUUCCCACCGUUUAUUUUGUAGCGAGUUUUUGUCUGUUCGUACCGUACGCGAACACGAUUGCUGUUGUUGCGUAUAGGCUAGACACUGCCUGGACGCGCCGUCACAAUGGUGCGCAUGUAAUAACAUAAGAAAGUAUCGAAAUUUUGAAGGUCGAUGGAGUGUUAGGGGGCAGGUGGGUGGGCGUGUGUGUGGAGUACCGAAGGCGGGAGCUGUAUAGGUCAAGGGAGGUAGGAGAUGGGAGAGCGUUUUUUCAUGAAGGUGAGUUGCUUUUGGGUUGUGAAAGGUCGAGUGUUCAGUUUCGGCGGCAGGCGUUUUGCCGGGAGCGAAAGAGAGAAACGUGAGGCUGCACAAGGAGGAGCACUAAGUACAUAUGUAAUAUGAUAGCUGGUUCACGAAGUGAUGCCGUGAUGGUGAGGAAGUCGCGCUGCCAAGGAGUAACAGGAAUCUCAGCAAAAAACAUGUCAAGAUCGGAGAACCACAUGAUGAGCUGGGCAUUCUCAAGUUAUGCCGCUGUGCGGUGUGCCGAGCCACGGCGCGGGUCACAUGCAGCAUUGUGUCCAACGCCGAAGAUUUUCAUUUCCCUCAAAUUGUUUUGGCGUUGGAGAGGGCGGGCAUUCGAAAGAAUUUCGGGUCACCUCCAUGGUGUGCCAAGAUCAGAUGGUGAUGGUCGCUCUUCAUGUACACCCAAGAGAAUUCUGGCAGUGUAAGCUGGAGCAAGUGAGGUCAGGAUGAAGAAUGGUGCUUCGCGUCGGCAGCAGCACAGCAGCGAGGGACGGAUGGCCACGAAUGACGCCGCCUGCCCUUACGGUGACACCAAACUACCAACCAUUCGUUCCACGUUUCGUGUGGAAAAUUAUGUGGCAUUGACCAAACAAACCACCGAAUGAUCCGCAAAUGCACAUAUGGCAUGGCCCGGACGAUACCGAAAGGAGAACCAUGAGAACCCGGAUCAAUAUGGUAUGGUAUGGUAACGUGACCGAAAAAACAACAAGCAACAACGCCUCGCACACUAUGGAGGGGGGGCUAUUGACUCCACAACGUAAAAAGCGACGCACUAUUUUAUGAUUGAAUUCCCCGACAAGGCUAGGCUAUCAAUCCUUCCUGGGUACAGGGCAACGACCAAGCUGCAACACUUGAAUAGCAGAGGUAGGUGCACACGCUAGCUGCACGAUCCGGCUCGCUCUUCUUCCCUUCGACGCCCCAACCUCAACAGGGGCACCGGGGCACAAGCAAACGCCUCCAGAAACGUAAACACCUCACGCCCUACAGCAGUGGGCAAAGCCUCCGCUACAGGUCCUUCCUUCCUAGGCCGGAAAUACACGAUCGAAAUUAACUAUUUUUCAGUCACCCCGUGUAUUUUUCCGGGACGAUUAUUGUCGGCAAAAAAUCUAAAAAGUGGAGGUUGUGAGUGUCAGGAAAAACAUAACAAAGCGAGACUCCAACAACGGGCAGUCUUGGCGACAUGCACGAUGGUAGGCGCCACGAAGGGCAUCGAGGAAUGAACGCGCGGUGGCGGCCGCUGUCCUGAGCCCCGUGGACGACUGCAGCCUACAUUGGUGUGUGGGCGGGUGCAAAAGAACCGCGGAAGAAUCC